GUGCAAGUUUUUAAUCUAGGUAUUAGAAAUUUUUGAAACUUUAGUAAAUUAUUAAUAAAAUCUGCAUUAAAAAUGUUACAAUUAAUAAAAAAAUAAGUGAAAGAACUGUUUAGACAAAAACUUGAACAUAUAUUUUAAAACUGACAUAACUGGAGGAGGCUGAAAAAAUGAUGCAAAAAGACAGCGUCAUCAGCUCUCCGUCCACACCGAACUCUUCCCUAUCAUCUCAAACAAAUCUAAGCACGCCCAUUACCUCAAAUCCAAUACAGCAGGCUACCAGUACACCAUUGAACAACACAAAUUCAUACACAGCAGCCGUUUUGGGGCACAAAAAUAGUCUAAGAGGUACUAAGUUGGCCAAACGAGCUCGCUCUUUUAAAGACGAUCUGUUUGAAAAAAUCUCCCUGAUGCGUACACCAACCAACACUUUAGGGAGAUCGCAUUCCCCUCAAAGUCCGCGUAAUAAGAACAAACAACCUCCCACAGCUGAAGAAGUAGCGAAAUCAUCGCAAUCAUUAGAAACUCAUGUAAAAGACAUAUCUAAUGCGCUUAAAUAUUUUCGCGAUGUCAUACUCAAAAAAAAACUUGAAGUUUUGCCUGGCAAUGGAACGGUAAUAUUGGAAACAAUUGCUAGCAUGUUUUCUGUUAUUCAAUCCUAUAUGCUCAACGAGAAUAGUGCUACGUUAUUAUCGGCCACUCAACAGGUUUAUCAAUCGUUAGGCAAACUUAUAAAGCUCUGUGAUGAGGUUAUGUUAAGCGAAGACAGUGAGGAGUGCGCCUCAUUGAGUAGUGAGAAUGUUAAAGAAAUUGUCGAUCUAUUGGAAGACGCUGUCAGAAAUUUGGCCACUUUGGCUCAACUAAAACUAAAAGAAAAAGAAGAAAUGGCUUUUCAGUAUGACAAUGUUCCAAUGGAUACGCAAAUGUCUACUAAUACCAUAGUGUCUGUGUUAACGGCGCAAAAUCUUUUGGUACGUCCGCCCGUUGAAAUUGCUGGACAACGAACUUCUUUGCCGGAUAUCACUUUAACCCCGAAAGAGCGAGACAGUUUAGAGAAGACUACCAGCAAUCCCAUGCGUGUGUCCUAUAGCACUGAAAGUAUACUCCGCGAUACCAGCCCACCACCAAAACCACCAUUACCCCACAGAUCUUCUAAUCCCCCACCUUUGCCACCAAAGAGAAAUAGUCAGCCACUAUCACAGCCAUAUGAAGGUAGCCUCAACUCUGAUUUAGAUAACAGUAACGAUUAUCCCUUAGGUGUGGAUCAUUUAUCGGUGCGUUCCCGUUCACCAGAUGAAAACUCUAGUCAAUGUUCUCUCGACUCUGCCAUGAAUCAUUCACGUGAAGAUGAAGAAUGUCGCCUACAUAGUCGUGAUUACAACCUGUUAACUGAUGAGUUCAAGAACCUAACAGAAGCAGAUGGUGACGCUGAUAAUAAAUUGCAACAACAACAAAAAAUUCAGCUGCAGGAAGAGCAACUGAACAAAACAAUCGGUACUUAUGUGGAUGUGGCUUUAACUACAAGAGCUUCACUUGAUGUCGCUGACGAAGAUGUCGUUAAUAUAGAGAUAAACAGAGAUAAAGCGGAAUUACGUAAAACAGCAAAUCAUCGUCAUUCAAAUGAGUCGGGUUUUGUAUCCAUUAAUUCUUUUCGUACUUCAUCACAAAGCUAUUCAAAACGUUCUUCAGAUUUUAGUUUUCAAUCAUCUACAAAAUCUUCUAAUUCUUCAACUGAGAUUGCUAUCCUUGCUGGAGACAAUAGCAUUAAUGAAGAAUAUUUACAACAACAACAACAACAACAAGCAAAAACGAUUGCUUCUACUAAAUCAACUGUUUGCAUUUCGAAUACCAGCAGUUUUGUUGAGAGUUCAUUAAUGAAAAUACAGCAGCAGCAAGUAGAAGAGCACUUGACGUUUUCUCCCGCUCACUAUAUAGACGCUGAAAAACUAUUAAUUGAUCAGUUUCACAAUAGUCUGAGCACUCUAAAGCAAACGAAUAGCUUGGAUAUAACAACCGGAUCGGUUACCUUGGCUCAACAUGAUGAAGAUUUAAUGCCGCCAGCUUUACCACCAAAAACUUCGAAAUUAAGUAAAGACCGGCAACCAUCAAUGUAUGACAAUUUCGAUGCCAUCGAUAAUAUAAACGGAAGUGUUCAAGAAUUGCCUGAGUUAAGACAACAUCAUCAGCAUCGUGUUUAUCAAUGGCAAACAAAACACACAAGCCUUAUUGAACCACGGCGAUGUUUGGAUUUACCGGCCGGCAGUUGUAAUGCUCUCACCGAUGGUCAAAAUGAACAACCUCCACCGUUACCCAUGAAGAAAAAACACAUGUUUCAAAGUGUGGCAUUUUCGGUUUUGGCUUAUAUGGAAAUUUGCUCAGCCUCAACACGAUCGGUUGAACAACAUAGACAUACUAUGCAUGCUUAUAACUUAAAUCGCAAUAUCACACACAGUCAAACAAUGAAUAUUGUUCCUCUAGCCAAAGAAGAGUUUUUAACGCCCGAAAUGGAAACACCACCUGCUUUGCCACCGAAAAACUAUAAACAAUGGAAGACAAAUACAAUAGUGACCACGCCUACGAUUAUAACAACACCACCACCCAGUCCUAAACCGAAAAUUGCCGACCAUAUGCGAAUUUUAAGCUGUCAAGCCGGCAACGAAAUAAUGUCGACUGUCUGUGAAGAAUUAACAGAUCAGUGUGAAGACGAGGCGGGUCUUGUUGUGCACUCAAACGAACUAGGAAAUGAUUAUGAAACGUCCAUGCAUCAGGGUGAAAAUAAUACAUCACAAACAAUCUUAUCAUCAAUAUUUGAGAACGCAACAAGCACUUCGAAUGGAGACUUCGGUAAUGAAGUAGAAGAGAUGGUCACCUACAAUAACAACAAUCGCUUCGAUGAAAUAAGAAAAAGUCCUUUAGCUGCCGAGGAAAUCAAUCAUUUACCCAAUAUCAUCGAGGAGGUAGAUAUUACACCGUAUUUAAUCUUUAAGAAAGAGACCGAAGAUGGCCCCGAAAUUAAGGGAGGCUACAUAGAUGCUCUUAUUGUGCACGCGAGCCGUGUGCAAAAGGUUACUGAUAAUGCAUUUAGUGAAGCUUUUAUAACGACAUUUCGUACCUUUAUACCACCUGUUGAUGUUAUUGAAAAACUUACACACAGAUAUACCGUAUUUUUUUGUCAGCACAAUGAUCAAAAACAGAAAGCAGCCAAAGAAACAUUUUCUUUAUUGGUUCGCGUAGUUAAUGAUUUAACGUCCACUGAUUUAACUGGUCCUUUGCUAACACUACUUGUGGAAUUUGUUUAUCAAUUAGUCUGUGCCGGCCAAUUAUAUUUAGCCAAAUUAUUGCGUAAUAAGAUUGUGGAAAAGGUUACACUCUAUAAGGAGUUACGUUUACCGCUAUUUCCCAACAACGAUAUGUUUUUUACAGUUACUAAUCAGCCUAGUCUUUUAGAUCUGAAAUCUCUUGAAAUUGCUGAACAGAUGACUUUAUUGGAUGCUGAACUAUUUCAAAAAAUUGAAAUUCCCGAAGUCUUACUAUUCGCUAAGGAACAAUGUGAAGAGAAAUCCCCCAAUUUAAAUAAAUUUACUGAACACUUUAAUAAAAUGUCAUAUUGGGCCCGUUCCAAAAUACUUACUUUAACUUGUGCCAAAGAACGUGAAAAGCAUGUCAUCAAAUUUAUUAAAAUAAUGAAACAUUUGCGUAAAAUGAAUAAUUAUAAUUCCUAUUUGGCAUUAUUAUCGGCAUUGGAUUCGGCACCGAUAAGAAGAUUAGAAUGGCAUAAGACUAUUACGGAUGGCUUAAAAGAAUAUUGUACAUUAAUCGAUUCCAGCUCCAGCUUUAGAGCUUAUCGUCAAGCUUUAGCUGAAACUCAGCCUCCAUGUAUACCUUACAUUGGUUUGGUUUUGCAAGAUCUUACCUUCGUUCAUGUCGGGAAUCCAGAUUAUUUAAAGGAUGGCGUCAUAAACUUCUCUAAACGAUGGCAACAAUAUAAUAUUAUUGAUAAUAUGAAACGUUUUAAAAAAUGUUCUUAUCCGUUUCGACGCAACGAACGUAUUAUAAGAUUCUUCGAGAAUUUUGAAAAUUUUCUCGGCGAAGAGCAAAUGUGGGAAAUCUCCGAAGCCAUCAAACCUCGCGGUAAACGUACAGUAGUACCCAACUAAAAAAAGGUCAAAAUAAAAAAAAGGAAAAAAAAAAACAAAAAAAAAAAAAAAUUG